GUUGCUCUGGAUCGCGAGCCGCAGUCCGGCGUGCGCCUGGGCUCGCGUGUCAGUCGGAAGCAACACGUGGCCUUGGCCAGAUGGCUUUCCAUCACUUGUCCCUACACCCCCGCCGCAGGCUCGUUUUCUAACCCCAAUUUUAUAUCAUUUCCGCGAAAAAUCCUCUACUUAUGACUGAAGGUAACCUGGAAAAUAACGUUACGUAACCGGAAAAUUUGCUUUAAGUCGUAAUGUGGAUGAUUCCAGUUAAUACAGCCGAGUUGUAUGGGUGGUGAGGUUGGAGAACUAUGGAAGGCUCGAAGGACGUGAUAGUAGUGGUUGUGGUGGUUUGAAAUGGAAGAGACGGUAGAUGGGACUUCCGAGGAUGUUUUGGCGGCGGCUACUCGCGAGGCCGCCUAUCUCACGGAUAAGGAGAGGGAGGCUAUUUUGGCUGUUCUGACCAAGGACGAGCAGUUGAGGAGGCAGCAACAGGUUAAAGUUUUACACCUAAAGGCUGAACUACAAAGCCUUCGUCGCAAAGGAGCGCUGAAAGUGUCCGAGGACUCGUACCAAGAUCCGGACAGAACAUGCGGUCGAUGCAGAGCGGACCUGGGCAGAGUGAUCAAUCGCGGAGCUUCCUGCACCUCGUGUAGACUCAAGGUGUGCAAGGCGUGUAGAGAGUACAAUUUCAGAGCUACCGAUUGGGUCUGCACAGUCUGCUAUAAACGAAUGGAAAUCCAAGCUGCCUCUGGUGAGUGGAUGAACGAGUUUGUUCGAAGACCCAGCAGACGCAGAGAUGCCAGAGUGUACGUUCCCGCGGCAGAUAUCAUCAAGAGAACUAUACGCAGGUCAUGGACAAUAUCCAAUCCCAGUCCCAGAUGGACAGCCUUAAGGACAUCACCUGAGCUUCGCCCGUACAACAGCUUGCCCAGAGGUCAAGACAUAUCGAACUACCCAUCCUUGCUGGGUAUCAGGUCCACCGAUACACCCAGGAGAUCAUCGCCUCAAAGACGCACAAAAUCUGAAGACGUAUACCACGAAAAUAAAGACAAUCCAGGUGAAGACCAGAUACCCAAGAGACCUGUCAGGGUAAAUCCUCUGAUGUCUAUAUCUUUGAGGGAGACCAAGGAAGAGAAGGCACGUAGAAAGUCGCCAAGAGCAGAGACUGUCGUGGAGGUAGUUGUGGAGAAUGAAGACAAAACUAAGGAAGAACAGGAAAGUCAUUUAAGAGACAAUCCUGUCAAGUGCAAUCCAUCUAGAGCAGAAGAUGAACCGGACAAAGUUUUGGAACGGCAUGUUAGUUUUGAUAGUUCCAAGCCAGGGCCGGACUUGGCGUCGUUCCGCAGCCGUUCCUUGUCCCAGAGCAAAUCGAAUAAAGAUAUGAAAAAAGUGCCUUUUACCACCAGGUCUCUUCCGGAAGAAUCAACUAUCAAGGACGAAAACGAGGACGGCGUCGGCUGCGGCGACCAGAACCCCUCCGCUGCCACCAACGCUCCCCCCGCAGAGCUGUUGUGCGAUAUCGAACCGAUCAGCGGCACAGUUUUCCGGAAAAUGACGGUGCGACGCCGCCGCCAGGAAAAUAUGCGGAAACUGCCAGCGGUGGAUGCCG